CAUGUUUUGUGGUCACUUGUUCUGUUAUUUGUGCAAAAUGAGAGUUUUUAACAACAAAUUUCCAUAUAAAAAGUGUCCCUCCAAGAUUUUUUUGUGCAGAAUUACAUACAUACAUACAUAUUUGGAAGUACAACUACACCAUUCGCACACCCUGUAACUCACAAGGCUGUAAGGCUUCACUCUCAUUAUUUGGUGGUGAAUCAAGCAUUAACCCAGUAACAAGGUUGAUGGUACAUUCAACAAAGGAAGCCAAGAAGUCUUGCGGAAACUCAGAUGAACAACAGAGGGUACCCCAUGGGGGCAUGUCCGCAACAAAAAAAUAGCAGAAAUAAAGGGAUUGGUAACUCGAGC